AUGUCUUUCCAAUCCCUAGCCACCACCCCUGGAGUGCAGGCCAUGAACGCCAACCUGUUGAGGAAUCUGUUGCCUUAUCGCGAGAUGGAUGGAGGUGUGGAUGAAGGGGUUGAUCAAGGAGAAGAGACGGAGAGUGCAUAUGAGGAGGAUGAAGAUGUGGAGGUAGAAGAGGAAGAGGGGGUGCAGGAAGAGGCUGUUUCUUCACCACCACCACCACCACCACCAGAAGUGGAAGUGGAAGUAGAAGUGGAAGUGGAAGUAGAGGUUGCUGCAAAGGAGAAGAAAUCACCUAAACUGCUUAUCCCAGUGAGGAUUUGGAAUCAGGUUGUGCCCAGAGGUAAGGCUGAUGCACAAGUGGUGCAAAAAGUUCAAGAAGUUCAAGAUCCUAAGGUGAAUAGUCCGAAGCGCAAACGCGUUUCUCUUUUCUUAUAUCAGGAAGAAGUGAUAGAGGCAAGUGACGCCUUAGCGCAAGAGCAGGAAGCAGAAGCGCAAGUCGAAGAAAGAGGCCGAAGAAAGCGGACGAAAACAUUGAAAGCCUCUCAAAAUGAAGAGAUUUCACGGGAGAAAACGAGCGGAGCUUCAAGGUCACGUGGACAUGCGGCUUCGCGUUCUACAUCAAAACCAGCUACGCGCUCCGCUGCCGCUACCGCUCCACGUCCAGUUGGGAGCCAAAACGCACCACUAUCCUCCUCCGCCCUCGCACUAGAAACCGCCGCCCGCACCCUCGCCCUCCGCACCGCUGCCUCCUCCUCCUCCUCCUCCUCAUCCACCGUCCCCUCCCCACCCCUCACACCCCCCACACCACCACCCAACGAAGGCCCCCGCGCAGCAUGGCACCGCCUCUUCCCGCACCUCCCCUCCCUUUCAGACUACUACCACAUCGGCGAAUGGCGCGAACUUAUGGUUUGGAAAGAGGCAAAAGGAUAUAUUAAACGGGCCGCAGAUGACCCAUGGGAGAAGCCGGUGUUUAGGAAACCGGGAUGGAAUAAGAGGGAUGAGGAAAUGGAGAGGUUGUGGGAGGGAUGUGAGAGGAGGAUGGUGGGGGAGAGGGGGUGGACGUAUGAGGGGAGGGAGAGGGGGGUGGUGGAGGAGGUUAGGGCGGCGGAGAGGGGUUGGGGUGUAGGAGGGUGGGAGGGGUGA